AAGGCCCCCUCGGCUCCCAGCCAGGGCACACACUGCCCCAUUGUGCACCUGGCACCGGAAGGAAUGCAGCCAAAAGUGAGGCGGGUGUUGCAUCAGAGUGCUAAGCCCUGGGAUCAAGUGCUGGCCGGCAGCAGUGAAGGAAUACGCAGGGUACCCGGGAGGACAGAGAACGGUGGAGCUUCCCCCACCUACACGAGAGGAGCCCAAGAGAGGUCCGCCCUGCAGGAGGCAGGCGUCUUCAGGCUGAGAGGGGCUCCCCGAGGGUCCCAGGACACAGCAGAGCUCACCAUGCUGCUCUCCCUCACCCUGCUUCUCCUGAUGGGGCUGUCUACGUGCGCCGUGGCAGGUGAUGAGGAGCUGACACUCAGCGCCGAAGCAGGGUCCUGGGUAACCGUGACCCUGGAGGAAGGCGUCAUUCCCAGCAUUCAGCUCCAGCUUCAGGAGGUGAAGAGGGGCAAAGCCAGGCAGUUCUUUGGGCUGAUGGGGAAGCGGGUGGGAGGAGUACCUCCCAUCCAGCCAGGGAGAAGAACGGGGAAUCAGCGAGGACAAGUGGUCCCAGACCUCCUGGGCAAGGGAAGACCAUCUACAGAAGCCGACCAGCCAGCCAGGCCAACCCUCUUCUCCGUGUUUCCUGUGCGUCCAACCUGGCCCUCUGAACUCACUGGGGUUCCCUCCAGGACUCUCAGUCUCAAGCAACGGUUGUGCAUAAAUAUACUGUUCUCACAGUCGCAAACUGGAGUGAUCUCUCCCUCAGCACUCAGAGCUCGCCUUUGACUACAGAGCAGGGUUGUCUCUCACCCAGUUCUUUGUCUUCUGUGCCCAGAACACAGUAGGGGCUCAAUAAAUGAAUGAACAGUGAAUGGCUUCUUCUCUGGUACAGGGCAGAGGGCAAGAAUGUGGCCUGGCAUGUCAGCAGGCCAGGAGGCCUUUUCCAGAAUUGCAAAGGGAAAUACUAAACAGCCUGGUCUCCACUCUCAGGUGGGAAAACAGGCUUGGGACACAGGUAAGGACAACAGCCCAGCCUGAAAACACUCUCCCUACCCGCAGCCAGGAUCUCAAGGACCCAAACCCAGUGUCUUCUGACGUGGAGAAGAAUCGGGUCCCAGGCCCUUCAUCAAUUCUCAUGUAUAAGGCGGCCCUUCGAUUAACGGCUUUGCUUCUGGGACACAGGUGUCAGUCACUCCCUAAGCACCACUCGCCCUGAGCACCCACAGGAGCUGUUCCCACCCUCAGGGAGCCCAGUCUGAUAGGGAGGCCACCGUCCCUGCCCCAGGGGUUUAUGGGCAGGCAGGACACAGAGGCCCCCCAGAUGCGUAGAAAGUGGCACAUCAGCCAGAAUGAAACUAGCGGGCAAACUUAGGUAAGAAGCAUCGAGGUGCUGAACAAAGGACUGAGUUGGGAGCUGUGUGGGUUCAUUAAUUCACCAGGCUACAGAACAUGUAGCUUCCCUGCGCCCCUCUCCAAAAAGAAGGAAACGCCUUCUAAGUUUUUUGGGGCAACUGAUUCUUGGGGGCAGGGAGUGGCUAAGCUGUUUAAAAGGAGGGGAAGAAGGCAUGGGUGGAGAGGGCAGACCCUUCAUCUGGGUGCUAAGGAGUUUUAGCAGAGGCCUCUAAGGAGAGGCCAAAUAGUGUCAGCACAACCAGCAAGGUUCUUCUAUUUGACCUGUAGUGCAAGUCUCUGUCCUAAGACUGACGGUUCAUCCUGAGCCCUGAAUAAACCUCAAGCCUCUCUUCUCCAUUCUCACCCCUUAUCCAUGCCUAGUGAGAAACAUGGGGGUGGGAGACGGUACAACUCUUCGCCACUACCACAGAAUUUCCCAGUUAGCGUAUUUCUCAUUCCAUCCACUCCUAACCUCUAACCCAUUAGCAUGCCCAUUGUCUUCCCCACCUCACCGCACCCAGUGCUGUGAUCUGAAGAGGUGGUUCACUGUAAUAAUCCAACUUGAAGGAUCAGCAGAGGAUUGAAGAUUUUAUUCUUGUGUUUGAAGUUUGGGACACUUAAGAAAAACUGAAGUCAGGGGCCGGCCCGGUGGCACAGCGAUUAAGUGUGCACGUUCUGCUUCAGUGGCCUGGGGUUCGCCGGUUCAGAUCCCGGGUGC